AUGAGCACAAAGCAGGAUGUAUCUGUGCCUGGCGGUAUGAGGGCUUCGUUACCCCUGGCACUCCUCGUCCUUUUCCUGUAUGCAGUGCUCGCUGGUCGAGGCCAAAUAUCCAGGGCAAGCGUCAAGGGCCGCGUCGACACUAAGCUUUUCCGCUUUGUCCCUUUGCAGCUUGGCAGUCCUGCGCAAUGGAUGGUGGCAUUCCUUGGUCUUUUCCUGUAUCCAGCACUCAGCAGGACGACUCGCAUGGCCAGCGCGUCACCUGCAGGAGCUGUCGGUAGUUCAGUGCCGAGCAUCCAGAAUAUGACCCCCUCUCGGGGGCCAGGUUCACACAGCAUCGAACUUGAACCGCAUUUUGCCGGCAGUAGUGGGCAGCGCGCACCGGGUGGGGGCUUGUUCAAGCGCCUGCGCCGCGUGCUAUCGGAGGGCCGCGCGCAGGCUCGGAGGCUGUGUGGGAAGGACUCGCUGCGCGCUGCCGUAUCCAACUUUUCACGCAGGCGAAGCUUCAUCAGCCGUUCAUCCAAGUCAGAGGACAUAGUGUCAUCGCGACUGUCGAUGGACUCGAGCCUGCGGUCCGGUGCGCAGCAGAACGCGGGUGGUGGCGGUGCCGGUCGGCGGGGCUUGCUGCAGCGAAAGGGCAGCGGCGGUUGCGCCAGCGGUCCCCGUUGGCAGCCCAGCAUGUCCCGCAUAACGUCUGGACAGCACCUGGUGGCGAUGGCACCCUCGGAGUCCAGCAUGAGCUCCGCCACUGCUGGCAAACGCUUGGAGAUUCUGUCCUACAACGGCUUUCAGGCGGUGGAUUGCUUGUCUCAUGAGAUGACCGACGCGCUCUUCAGUGCCGUACGACAGGUGGUUACGGAUGCGCACCUUUUGCAGUUUGGCGCCAUGAUUGGGGAGGCCUCUGCUGAGCUGGCCCUCAGUCAGGCAGGCAGCCCCUCCGCAGUAGGAUCAGCCCCCGCGAGCCUCUUUGGGCCCUAUGACCGCCCCGAGACCUACCGCCUAGGAUGGGAACUCGUGGUCGAGGAGCACAAGCCCGGCCUCCACUACUGGGCUUGGCGACGGCAUCUCCGCAAGGGUUUGUUCAUGUACAAGAGUAAGACUGUGUACGAGACCGCCACGACGGCGCAGAUUACGGACUUUACCUACGAUGUCGAGUUUCGCCGGACAUGGGACGAGUCGGUAGCGUGCCAGUUGGCGAUUGCACCACCAGCUUUGGUACCCGCGUCGGCCGCGAGGCAGGCGGCGGGGCCCUGCGGCGUGAGCCUGGCGGAGGCGGAUGCCAGGUCCAGUAAGGGCAUCUUCGACACCGUGAACCCGGCCGUGGAGGUGGUGAAUGUGUACUUUGAGGACCCCUGCGUGCCGUCGGGGAUUGUUAAUCUGGGCAUUCGCCGGGCGCUAUGGCCCAUGGUGCAGAAGGCUGAGGCUGCCUUCCGCGACUACCUGCUAACCCGGGUUCACGGCAACCUGGAGCGUCCACCGCCCGAACGCCCUCUCGCAACGGACGCUCUGGGCGUCGCCAUGGGUUGCGGCCGCGGCGCGGACGCCGCUCGCGCUGCCGCCGCCGACGCGGACGCUGCAUCGUGCAUGGGUGGCCUCCCGUCGGCAUCAGGCUUGCCGUGGCGCCUGGCAAGUCCCUAUGUGCUGCUGUACAGGGGCUACAUGGCCCUGUGGCGCGGAGGCCGCGGUGCGCUGCUCUCCGCACUAGGCUGCUGCAUGAGCCUGUGGUGCAACUCCACCGGUCUUAUCGUGGGGGCUAUGGGUGCGGCUAAGUCCGGUCUGCGUUCAGCUGUGUCUGCGGGCCGGUCGGUCCGGGACUCGCUAUCUCACGCGCUCGCAGCGGGGGAACAGUGUGGACUGCAGUCUGAGGUCUGCACAUCGCCGCUGUCGUCGCACAAGGCCGACCGCGUGCUCGCGCUGGCGAUGUGGCCGUGGGAGCGUCUCCUGUCGUUGCUCCCGUCGGGGCUAGGUCACGUAAUGCAAAGAGGCUCCGCGGCUGGUGUUGGGAUCAGCGGAAGCGGCAGCGUGGACGGCCUGCAAACUCGAUCAACGGGGGGCAGCAGCUCGGGUGUCGUCCGGCUGUCGUCGCAUCCGCUGACGGGACCGAAGCAAACGUCCUUUGCACAAGGCAACGGUGGCAGCGAGGGCACACAGUCGCCGCGGGGUGGUGGCCGCCGUGCGCGGGCCGGGCUGGCGCGUCGCUGUGCGCUGCUGGCAGUGAAAGUGGCAAAGGUAGCGGGUGCAGGACUCUUAUUGGGCCGAGCGGCCCGCACGGAGAAAAGUGCAGCUCAGCCACCUGCUCCUGCUGCUGCAGAGCAGCAGCAGCAAAUUGCUGCGAUGGCGACGUCGUCGGCCACGGCUCCGGGUCGGCAACAACAGCAGCAGCAACGGAGGCAAUUGGAGGCCCUCCGGCGAACAGUUCCUGGGCAGCGUUGGUAAGAGGUCUGCGCAUUGGGCCGCGAGAUAUAAAACACUGCAGGGGUGCUGGGGGUCAGAAAAGCAAGAAAGGUUCUGCUUCUAGAAAUGACGAGCGGAGGGAAGAGAGAAAGAGAGGAGUUUAAUCAUCGCUGUUAAUGUAUGCGCGUUUUUGUCUUUGUCCGAGGACGUUGAAAUCCUGAAUGGAAUGCAGUGUGAAUCUUCAUGUAAAUGACUGGGCCGCGGCAGUAAAAGCAUCUAGCAGCCGCGGCGUGAGAGCGGGUCAAAACCUCGCUACAGGGGUGCUGUUUGUAGCGUUGGUUUGUCAUGAGGCUCCCAACUGGCUCCGCCAUUACAUGUCCGUGUGGGCUGGGCAUGCGCGGUUGGGGUGAGGCAGAUGUACAGUGCUUUUCCUCAUGAAGUUUGUUCAUUAAUUCACGUUAUAGCUCCUACCCCUUGGCGCAAAAGCAUGCAAAGCAAUGACAGGAAGAACGGGGUUCCAUUCUAUGUGUACUGAAGCGCGUGACGUCUGGGCCUGUGUGCGCGCGUGAGCGGUUCUGCGUUGCUUCCCGCUACUGAAGAGCGAGCUCUGGUACCUACUUCGGAUCUUUGCGUGUUGAUACGCCGUCUGGGCUUGUCCGGAAUGUUUCGUGGUCGCGUGUGGCGUCGUAUGUAGAGAGCUUGUGACAUGUUUUACGUACCAUUCUUAUGUCCCAUUGGUGCGUGUGUUUACAUAAAUUUUUACAGCAGCACGCAGUACGGACGAUCAGAGUAGACGUAACGUUUCCGGAUAAUGUGCGAUUUAAAGGCGCUCUGUGGAGGCAGACACCUAGGGGUGAGGUCCUCUGGGUGCUAGAGGAGUUUGCGGUGCGUGGUCAUGACCCACGCGGGUGUCCAUGUGCUGUAUGGGGACAGAUGAGCAAACAGUGAGUUACGCCAACAGUUCAUGGCGUUGGUUGUUUUUGUGCUUGCAUGUCGAUGGAUUUGGGGCGUCGGAUCGGCAUCCUGCGCUGUGCGGGAACGCGCCUGAUCUUUGCCCUCUUGAGAUUCCGAACCAGUUGCAGGAGGGCAGCCGCACAAAAACGCAGCAGCUUGUCGGCCGGGGACACUUUCCCGGGUCCGAAUAUGCCGUAUAGUUUUCACAGGUUUGAGCACCUUGCGUUCUGGAACGCAUAGCUUCGCAUAAGACAGGAAGUUUGUCAUUUGCAGAUGGUGAUGGUAUAUGCGAAGCUCGAUUGGGAGGAGCAUGCUGAUUCGCGUCGCGUGGUGUUUGUCACGCUGAACGUGCUUUGCAUCAAGCUCUUGCCGAUAAUCGAAAUCCGCAGCUGAUGAAUUCGAUAUUCAUUGUAAUGCGAACGCUCAU